UCAUUUUUGACUCAAUUACUGCUCAAUUGACAGAAUCGCCUCAGAAAUGGUGUCGUACAGAAACAGGGCUUCGUUUGCCAUAUGAUCUCUAUGUAUUGGAUACCUGUGCCCGUUGUUAUAACUAUAUGCCCGAUACGGCCUUCAAAGAUGAUUUGAAAUUUAUAUACACUCCAAUCGGUAAUCUCAUUGAUCCGACCACUAAUAGGUCGUAUCCAUCAAACACCACAUCAUUGCUAUCGUUUACAUUCAUUUCUCCAUCACUUUUGAUUAAAUGGCAUCAGUGUUGCACAGAUGCACUGCACUGUUGUGUUGAAUCGCUCCAGCAUUUCGAUGACACCGAUGCCGACCGUCCGGUCUGUCCGCGAACAUGGGAUGGCUGGUCGUGUUGGGCACAGGAUGCCAAACCCAAUGUGAUAAUGAGACAACCAUGUCCCAAACACAUCUAUUGGCACCAAAUGGUACCUCCAUGUCGAGGCUACACAACAAAAGAGUGUACAUCAAGUGGCCAUUGGUUUAACUUAAAGGACAACAGUGGACAGGAAUGGAGCAAUUACUCCAUGUGUGCCCGCGAUGAUAUAUAUGUGGGAAGAAUCCGUUACUCAAUUGUCACAAAUGUUAUAUCCAUGUGUACACUCAUACCAGCGCUACUUAUAUUUGGUCACUACAAACAACUAUCAUCAGUGUCUCGGAUCCGACUUCACAAACAUUUAUUUACAUCACUUUUCUUUCAUGCGUUGGUCUCAUGUCUACUCAAAUGGCAUUUACUGACUGCCGGUGAAACUCAAUCGCAGACCUCUCAAGUGCUAACCUCUCUGUGUCUCAUACUAUCUGUUCUGUUGCGAUACUUUCGGUCGACAACCUAUCUCUGGAUGUUCAAUGAGGCCCUAUAUCUUCAUCAACUCAUCAAACACGCCUUCACUCAGCCACCGCUCACACCACUCAUAAUACUGGCUUAUGUAUUGCCGGCCACCACAACACUGCUCUAUAUAGUCGGCAGAGCCGUCAGCGAUGGCUUUGACAUUAGUUCCGGCGGCGAACUAAUGGCCAUUACGGCGUUCAGCAAAAAUCUAAGUCAAACAAUGAGUGUUUUGCACAAAUCGAUGACAAAUGAGUCCUCAGUGGACAUCGAGUCCUCUAAACUGAUGGAAGUUAUAGAAGAGUACGAAGAUGUCAGUCCUAUUGUCGAUGAAGACAAGUGUUGGCUAAUGCCGUCAUCAAACACUUGGCUCGAGUGGGUCAUCAAUGCACCCAAUCUGGCCAUACUUAUCGUAAACUGUGUUUUCUUAGUGCUAUUAUUGCGGGUGCUUUGUAUCAAAGCCUCGUCAACGACGAGCACCCAAUACACCAACUCUAGUGGCGGCGGUGGCGGAGGACAUCAUUUGUCGGUCAAUCAUACCGGCGGCGGCAGCAGUGGUGGUCUGAUAACACGCCAAAGUAUUAUUGUUUCGCUCAGAGCCGCUAUACUAUUACUACCACUCUAUGGCCUCCACUAUCUGUUUGUUGUCUACAGACCUAACAUCGAGAGCUGUUGGUUUUCGGAGGUCUAUCACUAUCUAUCGUCAACUUUGGAUGGACUCCAAGGAUGUGCCGUUUCUAUUAUAUUUUGUUUUGCCAAUCAUGAGAUACGAUAUCUAUUGAGACGUUCAUUGGAAAGGGUUAGCACAAGACAGAGGAGUACAACAAUAUAUAUGACAGAAGUGGUGGCCACUCAACAACACUGAUGAUGAUUGUCAUCAUUGAAUAUACAGUACAGUUGUACUAAUACAUAG